AUGACAACCCAGAAUGUGUCAGUGCGCAGCAAGAACCUAUUUGCAUCUCAUAAGAAUGAAGAAUUGUAUGAGUCUGGGGCUCAGGAGACCCAUAUUCUCCGUCCAUCCCCUUACUUCACAGGGCAGUUUUUGACCACUCACACAUCCAGGUGUAAGACUGUGUCUCUGGAUGGCCGUGUCAUCAAAACUGUGGAAGGAUUUGAUCAAGAAGUGACUGCAAAGGUUCUUUCUGAAGAAAUUGGUUACAACAAGGACUACAAACCAUUCAGAAUACUGGUGAUAGAUCAGCCCCUGGACCCUCAGUAUCAGAACCCAGCAGGAAACCUGUCCAAUGAUGAGGGGUUUCUCACUGUCAGGGGAGGAUUUGAUGAGUGCAAGAACUUUCUAAACUUAUUUCCGGCAUACCAUAAUACGAUCAACUCUCUAGACCAGAGCAUCAUGAAGUUUAACACUAACUACAUGGUGCUUACAGAUUACCUGGAUGACGCAUCAAAGAGAUUACAGAGUUUAUGCUCACAGACUGUAGAAAAAUGCCUAGGAGAAACAAGCCUAAGAGAAAUCAACAAACCUCAGUUUUCUGAUGUUUUAAAUGUAUCAGUUCAAGGGUAUACUAUGCGGAAGGUCCACAGGAAGGUGUUUUCUGCAAUCUGUGAAAAGUUUCAGCAUGCCGAUUGUGAGCUGUUUGAGAAGUGUGAACGUCUACGGGAGGUCAACAGUGGCCAGUUGGGGGUCCAAGAUGAGUUUACAUGUCCUCUCCCUUCAGCGGUGGAUGAAUUGGCAAACUUGGACAACUUGAAAACACCAUUUGAGAAAAUAAAAUGUGUCAAAUCUACAUUAGAUCAAAUAGCAGAAGGUGUUAAUGAUCAUGUAUUGAAGAAUAGACACCCUAGCAUGUCCAGCAAUGAUGUUCCUUGUCUGACAACAGAUGAUCUGAUUCCCAUUCUGGUGACUGUCUUAGCCCAGGCAGGAUGUGAGCAUAUACAGAGUAAUGUUUUCUACUUGGAGAACUUCUACUGGCCAGCCUCCUCCAAAAAUGAUAUCAGCUAUAGCCUGGUGACGUUCAAGGCUGCUGUGGAGUAUAUGAGGGCCACAGACUUCAGCUCUCUUCUGUCUUUCAAGAACUCUCACAAAAAAGAGGCUGGUAUUGACAGUCUCCUGACAGGCACAGAGAAAAUGGGGCUGUCAGAAGGGGGAAACGACUCCGUCCAGUCAGCGUCUCCCGGGGCGUCUCUGUCGAGGAUUGAUCGCCAGCUGAUGCGCAUCUCAAAAAUGUUAGAGGAUUCCUCCUCAGAGUGGACCAAAGCGCAGCAGAAAGCGCCGCCAAAGAGCAUAUUUGCAAAUGAUUCGCCCUCUAGAGGUGCCAGUGCUAGCCAGACAUCCAUUAUUUUCCCCAAACAGGAUAGCAAGCGUAAAAAACAGCAGUUGGGAGACUUUCUUUCAUCACUACAGGAUGAUGUUUUCGAUACUUCCUUUGGCAAACAAUCGUGAGAUUAUCUACAAAUUAGCAGGUGCAGAAAAUAUUUUAUCCUAUCCUCAAGAAACACUUUUUAGUGAAGC